AUGGCCCAGCGCGGAUUGUACCAGAGUGGCCCUCCCGCAUUGCAGACAAAAGCAGACAUGAAUGCCACUUUAUUGGUUAGUUGGUGGUGCACGAGCUUCGCGUUGCUCAUCAUACUCGUCAGAGUCUGGGGUAAAUACGUCAGGACGGAGAAGUUAUUCGGAGAAGACAAAAUCAUGGCUGCGAGCAUAAUACCUCUAUUGACCCGGAUGGCUUUGGUACAUGUGAUAUUGAUAUGGGGUACGAACAACACAGUUUCAGAUGGCUUGUCCUUGCUAGACAUACGACACCGAGAAAUUGGCAGCAAGCUGGUGCUCGCAUCACGCAUCUUUUAUGCAGCAUUCAUCUGGACGGCCAAACUAACCGUUCUGGAGUUCCUCAAGCGCAUUGUCGGUGCAUUCUGGCGCAAGUCUUACGAGAUUGGCCUUCGCAUAGUUCGAUACUUCCUGCUUGCUACUUUCAUUGCAGUGAUUAUUGCUACACUCGCUGAAUGUCAACCGUUCGAUCACUACUGGCAGGUCAUGCCUGAUCCUGGUCCACAAUGCAGGGCAGGGAUACCUCAACUGCUAACAAUGGGGACAUGCGACAUCAUCACGGAUGUGAUCUUGGUUGUAUUUCCUAUACCUAUCGUCAUGGUCUCUGCCAUGACUAUGAAGCGCAAAAUCUCUCUUGUCCUACUUUUCGCUCUCUCAUUAGCGCUCGUUGCCAUCACAGCUUACAGGAUACCGUCGACCAUCAGCCGUGGCGGAGCACAGCAAUACCGCUCUCUACUUGCUUCUUUAGAGAUUCUUGCCGCCGCGGUGGUCAGUAAUAGCGUCGUUAUCGCCUCCUUCAUUAGGGACAGAGGGGUCAAAAAGCCCAAGUACAAACGAGAAAGUACAGGGGGUAAUAGCUCGCUUGAUAGGACAAUGACGAAACGGACGACCAUCACACAGAAUCAUUGGGGAAGCGACUCGGACCUUGUCGGUGAUAUUGGCAUGUCUCUGGCACCUGAUUUACAAUCUCGGAAGUCUUCGAUCAUCUCUGCGGCGCCUAGACCGGUACCUCCUCCCUCUCCUUCUCCGUUGGUAGAGAAGGGCGAAAGCGUCAGACGAAAAGUGGCAGAAGGCGUGACUUCUGUUCCCACAGAUUUAACAACAGACCUGAGGCAGGGCAUAAGCACCGAAGGGCGAUCUGCUAAAGCUGUUAGUGAACCUGCAACACCGAAGAAAAUGUCCUUUUUCGACGUCGGCAAUUUGAUGCAGAGCGACGAAAAGCUCUCUUCACCUUCUUCCUCCAAGCCUGCAAACAAAAAUUCUCCACAAUCGUCGCUCAAAGACUUCGCUAGAUCUCCAGCAUCAAACCAACCACAACUACAACAUGGAGCGCCAGCAGCGGAUGCUACUACAUCGUUUGCUGAUAUUGGCGGUCUGCUCUCUAACACCCGCACCUCCACAGACCUUGAUCGUUCUACAGCGCUGCCUCCAGCAGCUCGUCACCGCCCAUCAUCGCCAUCAUUACUGCCUCCUCCAUCCUCACCCCGCAAUUUUAGCAGACCCUGUUCUCCCUACAGCCAACCCGGUGGAACAGAUUCCAGUACAAUACAAGCAGAGCCGCCACCUUCUUACAGAGCUCGGCGUGAGUCAGAAACGACGCGAUGGAACUACUCUGGGGCCGAGAGCUCCAUAGAAAUUGUGGAUGCUGGCGGUCUGCUCAAGUAG